AUGAACCAUAGCAACGGUAGGUCUCUUGACUACGCGCCAUUUGUGGUACGGUGGCAGCAGUGUAUUUAUUCGUCUUGCGCUCUGCUGCACAAUAGCAAGAACAGCCCUGGGAGCCCUGUGUGUGUGCUGGGGCGGCGACGCAGCGUCGAGAGCGGCACAGCACACAGGGCGCGUGCUCGGGCACCAUCUUGUGCAUCCCACGGCCCCCUUCCACGCAAAGCAGCUGCAGAUGUUUGCCCUGCAGCUGAGCACAUCGUUUGUACACUUUUCCUGUUGCGGGUUAUUCAACGUGAACUUGCAGCUUCUGUUUUCAUUCUACGCCACAAUGUUUGGAUAUUUGAUUAUUAUGGUGCAGGUGGGAAAUAG